UUUUUUUGAAAAUAAUGUGGCUCAAACAAGCUCUAAUUUUGUCAUCUCCUGACCCCGUUGCUAAUCUUGAUCAUUAGAGGGGAAAAACAAAAAUAAAAAUAUUCAAAUGUAUUGCCCAUAUCCACACAGCUCGCCAAUCGUCAAAGACUCCAUAUUUGCUAGGCUUAUGGGUAAGAAAAGUUGAGGAAGGUGGUGGAUAAGAGGGAACGGUAGGGGCAUAGAGGGCAUGAGAGCAAGUAGAGAGGUGUUCCAAGUUAUUAUAUCUCGAGCAAGGUUGAUAUACAGUAACAAUAGUUAAAUCAUAAAUGGUCGAAAUAUUCAAUGCAGAGUUCCCAACAUCUAUAAAUAUGAACCACGCAUUAGGAAUUACACACUCAAAAUAAUUUAAGGAUUUUCUUUGUUCAGGCAAUGGCUAAUUUUCAUCUAACAAGAAGUUAUGUCUCUCUAUUUCCUAGUUUGAUUUUUCUUCUUUAUUUUCAAGUGAGCGAUGCCCAAAAAUUUGGUCCCAAAUCCUCCUACUUUGAUAAAAUAUAUCAGCUUGGCGCUUCAAAAGCCGAUACUGGAAAUCUAAUUCGUGAAAGUCCAUCAAGAUCUUUGUGUUCAAGUUUUCCUUAUGGUCAAAAUUUCUUUAGGGGUGCAACUGGUCGAUGCUCAAAUGGUCUCCUUAUCAUUGACUACACUGCAUUAUCAGCUGGUCUUCCAUUCCUGAAUCCUUAUAAGGAAAUCGGAGCAGACUUCUCAAAUGGCAUAAACUUUGCAGUAGCAGGCGCAACUGCUUUACCAGUCGAAACCUUAGCAGCUAUGAAUAUUAGAUCGCCAUUUACUCCAAGUUCUCUUAGUGUACAAUUGGAUUGGAUGGCUUCUUUUUUCAAUUCCACAUGCCACAGUAACAAAGAUUGUGCAGAGAAGAAUGCAAAUGCUCUCUUCAUGGUUGGAGAAAUCGGAUCUAAUGACUAUAACUAUGCAUUAUUCCAAGGAAAAUCUAUUCAAGAGGCUAAACAAAUGGUACCACAAGUUGUUGGCGUGAUUGCAAUUGCUGUUAAGAAAGCAAUCCAGUUUGGAGCUACUCGAGUAAUAGUACCUGGUAAUUUCCCUGUUGGCUGUUUUCCGCUAUAUCUUACUGGGUUUCAGACCAAUGAUUCAACAGCUUAUGACGAAGAAUUUCAUUGCCUAAAAGACAUAAAUAACUUGAUGAUUUAUCAUAAUGAGCAACUGCAACAAGCCACUAAUGAAUUGAAGGCACAAAACCCAAAUACCACAAUUAUCUAUGCCGAUUACUACAAUGCCUACCUUUGGAUUCUAUCUAAAGCGCGAUUAUUAGACUUUGAUAUCAAUGCUGUACGAAAAGCUUGUUGUGGAAUCGGAGGUGCUUACAAUUUUGAUAUGAACAGGUUUUGUAGUAUGCCCGGAGUACCAGUCUGUUCCAAUCCGUAUAGAUACAUAAGUUGGGACGGAAUUCAUGUGACUCAACACGCGAAUGAAUUGAUCUUCAAAUGGUUGAUGCAAAACACCUUUACAAAAUUGCCACUCCAUUUUUAGAAGGCUUGCAAAUUGAACCCAUUGCAAGCAAUAAACCAAACAAUAUGUAUAUGCAUCUAUAUGCUUGGCUUGUACUUGCAUACAUGUGAUCACCGAAAAAUAAAUGAAGACCUUGAUAAUUGAUAAGAACUUUUGGAGAUCUUAUAACAUCGCCAUACAACUAAUUUCAUUUAAUUCCA